AAAAGCACAAAGAAAAAGUAAAGCAAUGAACCGAUCAAGCAAGCAAACAAAAAUGUUUGUUUCCUCCUCUGCCCUCCCAAUCCAUCCAUCCUCCAUCGCCACCUCCAGAGAAAAUCACUCGCUCACGGCGCAGACGACAAACGCAUCCCAGACAAGAACCCGCCACGGCCCUCUAUCCCCACCCAGCCACACACACACGGCUACCCAUCGCGUCCAUUUCUCACACUCCAAAACCCUCCAAGUCGGCCUCCCACGCACACGCCCUGACCCCGCCGCCAGGUCGAUCGAUCGGCCGCCAUGAGCGGCGACACGCUGGACAAGCUGGUGGUGUUCCUGGCGAAGCGCGACGGGGUGGACAAGCUGGUGAAGACGUACCAGUACGUGUCGAAGCUGGCGCACUGGGCGGCCGAGCCGUCCCACCCGGGCCUGGCGGGGCGGGCCAAGAGCUGGGAGACGGCGGCCGGGCUGAGCCGCAAGGUGUUCCGGUCGGGCCGGUCGCUGACGGGGCUCAACGCGCUGCGGCGGUCCCCGGGGGAGUUGGGGGCGCUGGCGGUGAUGGCCAACGCCGGCGAGAUGGUCUACUUCUUCUUCGACCACUUCACGUGGCUGUCGCGCGUGGGCGUGCUGGAGCCCUGGCUGGCGCGCCGGAUGAGCUUCGUGUCGGCCUUCGGCGAGUGCGUCGGCUACGCCUUCUUCAUCGCCAUGGACCUCGUCAUGAUCAGGCGCGGGGUCAGGCGGGAGAGGGCGCUGCUGCUGAGGGAAGGCGGCGGCGGCGGCGAGGGGAAGGAGGAGGAGGAGGGCGAGGUGAGGAGGAUCCGGGCGGACCGGGUGAUGCGGCUCAUGGGGACGGCGGCCAACCUGGCGGACCUGGUCAUCGCCGUCGCCGACAUCGAGCCCAACCCGUUCUGCAACCACGCCGUCACGCUGGGGAUCAGCGGCCUCGUCUCCGCCUGGGCUGGGUGGUAUAGGAACUGGCCCUCGUGAGCUGGGUUGGGUGCUAGCCAUUUCCAUUUCCACCGGCAAGACGAUGGUGUAUGUAUGUACGCUUACCGCGUUAAUUAUUUUUAUCUUACGAUAACGAAACGGAAAGAGUUGCAGCGGGCUAUUUAUCGCCGAGAGAGUGAUUGGGAUGAAGACGCUGGCGGCAUGUUGUUGCAAAGCAGACGCUGUUCAGAUGAUGGGCUUUAUUAACAAGCACAUCAUCUGCAGGCUGCAGCUAGCGUGUUAUUGUGUGUUAGCAUCUUCUUUUUUUCUGGCAUAUAACAGUCUUCAAAGUUACUAGCACUGCACAGCUACAAGGUUUUUCGCCGAAA